AUGUCCGACACCACUCAGGAUACGCUGUUGCAGCGUCUUUCAGAAUUUCUGACCACCUAUGGUCCCCUCCCAGCCGAUAUAGACUUCGGCGAAGAACUUACCGAGGCUCAUGGUCUUAUUGCUGAGUGUUUGGAGGCUCUCACCAAGCCUCUCGACACCCCCACGCCACCAGAACCCGUCAUCGAUACGGCCCAAAAAGAGGUUAUUACCAGCCUCACCAUAGAACUAGAAGCAGCCAACGAAAAGGCUGCCGAUUUUUGGCAAACCUUGUGCGAUAACCAGGAAGAUUCUACCGAGAUCAUCCGAGGUCGCGACGAGGUUAUCAUUGCUUUAAAGAUUGAGCUGGAGGAGUCUAAGGCCGAAGAGGAGGAGCUUCGGUAUCGCCUGGCACUACAUCAGGAAAGUCUCGCCAUCGCUGAUGAGAACCUCGCUGAUGCUGAAGAUGAGAUUCUUCAUAUCACCUCUGUUGCAAAGGCCUGGGAGUCCGAAGCCAAUGCCACCAUUGCCGAUCUUCGCUCCCGUGUCUCCGUUCCUGCCGCUAGAGUUAAAACCCAAUCUCGCCAUGUUUCCAAGUCUCGCUACCUCGCCCCUCGCUCCCAAGACCCCCGUACCAUCAACAAUUGGCGAGAAAAGCCAAUUGAACAAGUGUCUCAAAAGCCAGCGUUAAAAGUCUCUGAUAUUUCUGCUGCUGCCGUGUCUGAGGACAAGAUGUCUGAAGACUCUCUUGUCGUUACCUGCUCGGUCUCUCAGAAUCCUGACUCUUUUAUACCCACCUAUGCCCUUAUUGAUACCGGAGCUUCUGGGUACGCUUUUAUUGACGAAUCUUUUGUACGCCACUAUAAUCUUACAAUGACCCGCCUUAAAGUACCUCGUCAGGUAGAUGUUAUGGAUGGGAGGCCUAUUGAAUCAGGAAAGAUCACCCAUAUUGUCAAUGUGUCGCUGGAUAUCCAUGGUCAUCGGGAAAUUGCAUCAUGUUUUGUAACGAAGCUGGGACACUAUCCAAUUGUGAUGGGAAUACCUUGGAUGCGACGUCACGAUGUUACGAUUCGGCCGAAGGAAAAUUUACUUGUUUUUGACUCUCGAAGCUGUUGUCAACACUGUUCACUCAGUGGAAAGACAGUCACUGUCCAUGGAAUAUCGAUCCCUCUACCGGAACAUCAUACUGUUGUCGUUUCAGCAAUUGAGAAAUCCACCGUCGAUGUUAAGCAACUAGUACCAAAGGAGUUCCACCAUCGUCUCCAUAUGUUCCAAGAAUAUGAUGCUUCAGUCCUUCCACCACAUCGGCCAUCACAUGAUAUUGAGAUCGUAUUGGAGGAAGGUAAACGACCACCGUAUGGACCGAUAUAUGGAUUAUCCCAGAUCGAAUUAAAAGCGCUACGGGAAUACCUUGACGAAAACCUACCAAAAGGAUUCAUUCGAGCCAGUGAGUCACCAGCGGGAGCACCCAUACUAUUUGUAAAGAAAAGUGAUGGAACUCUCCGACUCUGCGUAGAUUAUCGGGGCCUAAAUGCAAUUACGAUCAAGAACCGCUAUCCGUUACCCCUGUUGAAGGAAACUCUGGCCAAACUUUCAAAGGCACGAUAUUAUACCAAGCUAGAUUUGCGUUGGGGAUAUAAUCAGAUUAGGGUAGCGGAGGGGGAUGAAUGGAAAACAGCGUUUAGGACUCGGUAUGGACAUUUCGAAUAUACAGUCAUGCCAUUUGGAUUAGCCAACGCCCCUGCCACGUUCCAACACUGGAUCAAUGAUAUCUUACGACCAUACCUCGACCAAUUUGUGACAGCAUACCUAGAUGACAUUCUUAUCUACUCGGAAACCAUGGCAGAACACAAAGAGCACAUUCAAAAGGUUUUGAAGGUACUUGAUGAGAAUCAUGUUCACCUUAAGCCUGAGAAAUGUGAAUUUAUGAUCCAGGAAACGAAGUAUCUCGGCCUUAUUCUCACCCCGGAUGGGAAUAGGAUGGAUCCGAAGAAAGUUGUCGAUGUUUUGGAAUGGUCCACACCAAGGAAUCUCCAUGAUGUUCAAGUAUUUCUGGGAUUUGCGAAUUUCUAUCGGCGUUUUAUUCUAGGAUACUCAAAAAUUGUUGCUCCGCUUACAGCUCUAACCAAGAAAAAUGUCAAAUUCGAAUGGACGGAUAAAAGGGAGGAAGCAUUCCAGACAUUGAAAAAGAUGUUCAUAACGGCACCCAUACUAAUGCACUUUGAUCCGGAUCGGAAAAUCGUGGUAGAAACCGAUGCAUCCGACUAUGUUUCUGCUGGAAUUCUGUCCCAACGUGACGACGAAGGAAUUCUACAUCCAGUCGCUUUCUUCUCAAAGAAGCAUUCCCCUGCGGAAUGCAACUAUGAAAUCUAUGACAAAGAACUCCUGGCAAUUGUACGAUGUUUUGAGGAAUGGCGACAUCAUUUGGAAGGGGCACAAUUCCCAAUCGAAGUCCUCAGCGAUCAUAGGAAUCUCGAAUAUUUUAUGUCAACAAAGCUAUUAAACCGUCGACAAGCCCGUUGGUCGGAAUUUCUUUCACGUUUUGAUUUCGUCAUUCAAUUUAGACCAGGAAAACAAGGGGCAAAGCCGGAUGCAUUAACUAGGAGGUCAGGUGACCUACCUAAGGAGGGGGAUGAACGGUUGACGCAUCAAAGCCAGGUGGUUUUGAAGCGAAAAAAUUUGGAUUCAAAGCUAAGUUUGUUCGCGGGUUCUUUUUCAAAUGAAUCCGCUGAAGGAAUGUCCACUGUAGAAGAGUUGUUUUUAAAUGCUUACCAAGUUGACAGUUUCCCGAACAAAGUACUCGCGAUGCUUCGGAAUGGCGUCCGUCACUCGAAUAAGAUCUCGCUUGCCGAAUGCACGGAAGAUAACAACGGUCGGCUACUUUACCGUGGCGCACUCUAUGUACCCGACGACAAUGACCUUCGGCUAAGACUUCUAAAAGAGUAUCAUGACAAACCAUCGGCAGGUCAUCCAGGCAGAGCGAAGACUUUGGAACUCCUGAAUCGAGACAAGGCACUACGCAAUGCACCCUAUGGAGUACUCCGCCCGAUGCCAAUAUCCGAUGGACCAUGGACGGAUGUGUCAAUGGAUUUUGUUACCGACCUCCCGGAGAGCGAUGGAUACAAUGCAAUCUUGGUCGUGGUGGAUAGGUUAACUAAGAUGCGACACCUAAUACCAACAACAAAGGAGGCGGACUCAAGGGAAGUAGCGAGAUUGUAUAUUGACAAUGUUUGGAAAUUACAUGGGUUACCCGAUACUAUGGUAUCCGACCGAGGGAUACAAUUCGUUGCGGAAUUCUGGAGGUCUCUUUGCGACCGUCUGGAAAUAUCACCAAAGUUUUCUACCGCGUUCCACCCUCAGACGGAUGGGCAGACGGAAAGGAUUAAUGCCGUGAUGGAACAGUACCUUCGGAGUUAUGUUUCCUAUCAACAAGAUGACUGGACUCGAUGGUUACCAAUGGCUGAAUUUGCGACCAACAAUCACGUUUCAGAAACAACAAAGAUAUCUCCUUUCUUUGCCAAUUCAGGACGAAAUCCAAGAAUGACGUUCGGUCCUUUGGAACAUGGUAGGACGACAGCAGAGGAUCAGGCUAAUGGUAUUGCACGGGAGAUGAAGGAGGUAUUAGAUUUUCUACGAGAUGAGUUGUACCGAGCACAAAGGAUUCAAGAAGAGUCGGCCAAUACCAGUCGGACUCCUGCCCCUCACUAUUGUGUGGGGGAUAAAGUUUUCUUAUCAACACGCCAUGUCCUCACUAAACGCCCUUCGAAGAAACUCGAUUGGAAACGCAUUGGACCAUAUAUUGUGAAGCGGAUCGUUAAUCCUUAUGCCUAUGAGUUGGAACUCCCUCGUUCUAUGAAAGUUCAUCCCGUAUUCCAUGUCUCUUUAUUGUCGUCUGCAGCAAACGAUCCUUUACCAGGACAACAACAGUUACCACCACCACCGGUCGAAGUUGAAGGACAGGAGGAGUGGGAAGUCGAGAAUAUUUUGGAUUCCAGGGAUCGUCGAGGAAGAUUUGAAUACUUGGUUAAAUAUGCCGGUUAUGACGAAGCUUCGUGGCAGCCAUUGUCGGAUGUCGAACAUUCACCCGAUAUUGUCAAACGAUUUCACGAACGAUACCCACGGAAGCCUAAGCCUACCAGGAGAUAG